ACCCCUCUGUCCAAGUAUACCACGUCCACUGCCACCCCUCUGUCCAAGUAUACCACUCCACUGCCUACCCCUCUGUCCAAGUACACCACGUCCACUGCCACCCCUCUGUCCAAGUAUACCACGUCCACCACUACCCCUCUGUCCAAGUAUACCACAUCCACUGCCACCCCUCUGUCCAAGUAUAUACCACGUCCACAGCCACCCCUCUGUCCAAGUAUUACCACAUCCACAGCCACCCCUCUGUCCAAGUAUACUACGUCCACCGCCACCCUUCUGUCCAAGUAUACCCCGUUCACCGCCACUCCUCUGUCCAAGUAUACCACGUCCACCGCCACCCCUCUGUCCAAGUAUACCCCAUCCACAGCCACCCCUCUGUCCAAGUGUAUCAUGUCCACAGCCACCCCUCUGUCCAAGUGUACCACAUCCACCGCCAGCCCUCUGUCCAAAAUACCACGUGCACCGCCACCCCUCUGUCCAAGUAUACCACGUCCACAG